AUUGACGAUUCAUCGCCAACGUCGUGUGCUCCAAAUAGACAAACCCUUGUCACGCACGCCCUUGUAUUGUGCAGCAGAAAAUUUGAGGUCUACGGAUGAAUGACACGAUAUUACAGAAAGAACUCUAAAAAUUCUUUAUAGGAUCGUUUAUUUCACUCAAUAGUCGUGAGAUCAAUUGUUCUCGUUGCAUCUUGGACAGCAUCAGGAAGGACCUUAUGUGGCCAGCGAUUGACGGAAAACAUGUCGACUGAAAACCGAUCAACCGGCAAGAAGGUCAAGGCCUUCUUCCUUGGCAAUGAGGCAACUUCAAAAGAAGAAAGACGUCUUGUGCAGAAAAUAGACUUCUUCAUCUUGACGUACUGCUGCCUCAGUUACUUCUUCAACUAUCUGGACCGUGCUGCUUUUGCCAAUGCUUAUGUUGCUGGCCUCCGCGAGGCCUUGCACAUGAAGGGCCAUGAUUACAACACAGUCUUAUCUGUGACUACUGCUGGUAUGGUGGUCGGACAGAUUCCCCAUGGCAUCGUCAUUGGUCUCCAAAUCGUCCGGCCGCGAAUUUGGCUGCCGUCAAUGUGCUGUCUCUGGGCAUUCCUGACUAUGGCUAGUGCGGGUGUCAAAAACACCGCUCAGCUCUGCGUUAUUCGAUUCUUCCUUGGUCUGGUGGAGGCUAGCACCUACUCCGGGGCCAUUUACAUCAUGGGCUCCUGGUACAAGCCCGAGGAAAUCUCGAAGCGCACAGCCAUCUUCACUGCAUCGGGUCAAGUAGGCACGAUGUUUGCCGGCGUCAUGAUGGCUGCUAUCUACAAGGGACUAGGCGGCCUUGCUGGUCUUGGUGGAUGGCAGUGGGUCUUCAUCAUUGAUGGCAUCAUCACGCUUCCCAUCGCCAUCUUCGGUUUCUUCUACUUCCCUGAUAUCCCUGAGAACACCAGCGCUCGGUAUCUCAGUGAUUCUGAGAAGAAGAUUGCUGUUGGACGUUUGCCCCCGGUCAUUAAGGGGUCACACGGAGUCAAUCCGUUCUCUCUGUUGAAGCGUCUAGCACUUAUGCCCACGUUCUGGGUUUUGGUGCUGUGGUCUCCCAUUUGCGCGACCCUCGAGGCCUGGGUUGUCCAGGGCAACUUCAUCCUCUGGCUUAAAUAUCAUGCUGAAUCAUUCAUCCAGAGUCAAAUCAACACCUACCCUUUGGGCGUUCAAGCUGUCGGUAUCGUAACCAACAUCAUGGCAGCAUGGCACAUGGACGCGACCGGAACCCGAGUACCCAUGGUCGUGCUGGUUUGUCUGAUCCAGAUCGUGUGCGCCGCGAUGCUUCUUGUUCCGAACCUACCUUACGCCGGUACUAUGUUCGCCUUCUACGCAUCGGGUUCGUCGUACAUGGUCAACCCGUUGAUCUUCGGCUGGGCCAGCAUCAUCCUUCAACGUAGCGGCGACGAGGCAGUACGUAGCGUCACAGUGUACGCUAUGAACAUUGGCGCGACGACGCUUUACACCUUCUGGGGAAUCGUCUUCUAUGCGGCCGAUGAAGCCCCGUAUUGGAAGAAGGGUGCGAUUGUAAUGAUUGUGUGCAGUUGCAUCGUCCUCUGCUUUAUGGGACUCGUCAUCAGGAUUGACAGACAAUCACUCGCAAGGUACGGCUCAAUGACGGUUCAGGACUUUGAGCGGGCCGCUGCGGCUCGGGAGACGCAGACGCCGCCUGAUGGCGAGAGAUCUGAUGAGAAUGAGGAUCAGAAGAACACAGUUUCGGAGAAAGUAACGCCAAUCUGAGUUUUAAGAUGAUUUGGCGAUUCAUGUCCUGGCCUUCUCAGUACAGAUCAUCAAACUCAACUGGGUGUUAUUUAACCAAAUGAAGCAUUCAAUACUUUAAGUAUCUUUUUCGGCUGCUGUAUAAUACAUGUACUAUUGAGACGUUCAGACUCCUCAUGCCCAUACCUUUCUGAACUUGUCUUCGAACACCUGCUGUAGGAUCUUGAAAAUCAUGAGAACUUUAAUAAGACCCUCACCGCCUCCCUUUUCCUGGC